AGCUGUGCCCCGGGGCCAGUCCGCGGCGGGGCUCUGCCUGAGGGGGUGCCUCCUCACGCUCUCGCCACGGGCCCGCCCGGCCCGUGACAGGGCGAGCGGCUCGGGCAGGUGUCUCCCGGGACGGGCGGGUGGGCGGCCGGCGGAGCGAACCCCUGCGCCUCCACAGGUGGGCAUCGCACCCUUCCUUCGGGGUCAGCGGGGAGGAGGCGGCCCAAAGCCCACACGCCGCAGCCGCCCCACCGGCAGCCUCCAGCCACGGCCCCCCCGGCCCCACCACCGCCCAGGUGCCGCUCCGGCCGCGCUCCCGCGGCCCCUCCUGAGGAGCGGCGGCAGCCCUUUCGCGCAUGCUCGGCGCGGGCGCCAUUUUGGUAGGGCCGGGAGUUCUCCAGCGGAGCGGCGGUGGAGCUCGCUGGGCCCGGCGCGGAGGGGGCGAGGGGUGCCCGCUGCGGAGAUGGCCAACAUCGCGGUGCAGAGGAUCAAGCGGGAGUUCAAGGAGGUGCUGAAGAGCGAAGAGACGAGCAAAAAUCAAAUUAAAGUAGAUCUUGUAGAUGAGAAUUUUACAGAAUUAAGAGGAGAAAUAGCAGGACCUCCGGACACACCAUAUGAAGGUGGAAGGUAUCAGCUAGAGAUAAAAAUCCCAGAAACAUAUCCAUUUAAUCCUCCUAAGGUGCGGUUUAUCACCAAAAUAUGGCAUCCUAAUAUUAGCUCUGUCACUGGGGCCAUUUGUUUGGAUAUUCUGAAAGAUCAAUGGGCAGCAGCAAUGACUCUAAGAACAGUGUUGUUAUCGCUGCAAGCACUGUUGGCAGCUGCAGAACCAGAUGAUCCACAAGAUGCAGUAGUGGCAAACCAGUACAAACAAAAUCCAGAAAUGUUUAAGCAGACAGCUCGGCUUUGGGCACAUGUGUAUGCUGGAGCACCAGUUUCUAGUCCAGAAUACACCAAAAAAAUAGAAAACCUUUGUGCUAUGGGCUUUGAUAGGAAUGCAGUAAUAGUGGCCUUGUCUUCAAAAUCAUGGGAUGUAGAGACUGCAACAGAAUUACUCCUGAGUAACUGAGCCAUAUAGAGAGAGCUGCUUCUGUAGUCCAGCUUGCCCCUUCUGGAGGAGCAUCACCAUCUGUUAUUCCUAGGAUUCUCUAUAGAUUCUCUUUCAAAACUGGCACUCUUGCCUGAUGAUGCUAUCUAGGCACUAUUGGAGACUGAAAACAAAAGCGCUCUGUAAAUAAAGCUAAUUAAACGUCUGUGUAAAUUUAAAAAGGGGAAAUACUUUAAUUUUUUUUCUUACUAAAUAUUGUAAAAAUUCUUUGAGCUCAGCUAAGAUAAUGGGGGAAAACAAUGCCUACUUUAGUGUUUAGCAGUGUGACAAAGACUAGCAGGAACUUGCUUCAGGAUUUUGAUUUAGUAAUUCAGAAAGCAACAUUUUGAGUGUCAGUCAUCAAAAUUGUUGGUGCCACUCAUCACAGUUAUCUUACUGUUUUUAACAUGGAUCCUAUGUGCCUGUGGAUUGACCUAUAUUUGCAUGCUUGUACUUAAUAGACAUAUUAGGUAGGGUCGCUGAAGAGAGCACCAUUGAAAUACUCAAUUGCUUUUGUAACUUUUUUCCUGACAGACUUUCAAGACUUACCCAAAGUUCCAAAUGGUGACCUAUUCAGAACCAUUUUCUUUCUAGCUUAUUAAUUGGGAAACCUGAUUCUCCUCUCCCAUACAUCAUACUGUUGAUUAUGUUUCAUCAUCUGUGGGUAUUAUGUGUGCCAUUGCAGUAGUCUAGGCUCCCCUUUAAAAAUAUAUAUUUUGAAUUAUCAGUAGUGAUUUUCAUCCAUCAUAUUUUCUACACAAUCAUGUAAGGAGUAUGCCUCAAUACAGCACAAAAAGAUGGAGCUGGUAUCAUUUCCUUUUUUUUUUUUUUUUUUUUUUUUUUUUUUGUCUUAAAUAGCUGUAAAGUGUUCUUCAGUACACUCUGGAUAAUAUGAUUUCACAGGGUUUGAAGGAGAGCACAGCUGAUUCUCCAGUGUACUGAGAAUAAAAAAAAAAAAAAAUUUUGAGUACUUGAUAUGAUGCAAUCAGCUGGUUUUUUCAGCAGUUUUCUAGCUUUAUUUUGGGCUUCAGUUUAAGGAUUGCUUACCAGGUACUUUAAAAUUCAACCUUGCUUGCAUUUUUCUCUGGUUAACACAUGGAGGCUGUGUUGGUGUUUUUACUGUACAUACUUCAAAUGCACAUAGAAGUAGAAGUGUGUUCUCAAUUCAGCUUUUUUUUUUGGAUUGAUGUUUCUGAUAAAUGAGAACUGAAAUCUUACCUUGGUUUGUACAUACAGUCAGUCUUUUUAUUUGUAUUAAAAUGACAUUUCAUCCUGAGUGCAAAAGCUUGAAAAUUAUUAGUCUUGCAACUUCAAACACUAGUACAUCUAUUUAAAGAGAGCUGUAAUGUCUUUGUGAAUAUGAUGCUAACUUUUGAGAGUAUAUCUGACAAGGAAGUUCAGAGAAAUCCUGGGACUAGAAAGUGGGGAUUGUGGAUAAUGGAGUACUGUAUCAGUCAUCUUUUCUAUGACUCUCUUGUUUUGCUCUGGUUUGGGUUUUUUUUUUUUUUUUUUUUUCCUAGGCUGUGGAUUAAUGGGGUGGGAAAAUCUAUGCCUGCUUGGGGUUUUUCUAGAGCUGUGAAGUACAAAUUGAAAUGGUUUUGCACUUCAUGGUCUGUUUAUAACUCAUACUAGAUGAAAUCAGGAACAUUAUGGUAUCUGUUAAAUACCUGGAGCAUAGUAGUAGGGGAACAAAACCAGAAAACAGAACUAUCAAGACCUGGCUAGUUCUGGGGUGUUCCCUGUACUGCUCUGUCUGAUGUGUCCAAACUUAAAACAGGGCACAGACAGUAAGUACUUUUAACUCAUAUCAGUGCAAUACUAAAUGCAUUUGCUUAGUCUUUAUACUUACUGCUUUUUAAGGUGUAGUCAGUGAUCAGUUUUCUUGGGUUUUCUUGAGUUAGUGUAAAUCAUUUGCAAUGAUGCCAAAGGAAAUUAGUUGUUUUGACUUUCCUUAUAUUUAUUUAUUUUUUUAACAGGAAGCUGCUACUGUUCAGCUGGUUUGCUGAGUGAAAACCAGGGACAGUAGGAAACUGGCAACAUGCUACUUGUGUUAAUCUCAAGUUGCUGUCUUUUCUGUUAUACAGGCUAAGAACUUCUUGAUUACAUCAACACCUUUUUUUUUUACCCUGGUGGUAAAUAUGAAUUGCUGACUACUUUCCCUUGUUCUUCGCUGCUAUUUAUCAAAAGAAAGAACUUGGAAAUCAUUGUCGGGGACAUAAAACUUCUCAGUAACGGGCUUCUGAACGUGUCUUUCAGUAAGACCAGUCUCCUAAGAACAGCAGGCUUCUCCAACAGUAUGUAAAGUGAUAAAGGAAGCCAGGGAAAGGGGGAGAGGGGCAAAAGAGGUUCUUAGGUGAGCACAGUCACCUCUGAAAUAAUGCCCUGUUAAGUUUUACUUCUCUCAUGAAGUUACCUCAUUUUCUUCUCUACUGCAAAACACUUGUGUUCCCCUUCCCCCUUAUGUAUAAAUGUUGGAUUCUGGAUUUUGCCCUCCAUCCAUGUGCUCGGUAGCUUAAUGCUAGCUCAAGUGCUGGCAGGAAGCUUCUCAAGAAGUGAGCUGGGAAGGAAACAUGACCCAGCAUUAAGGAGACACCUUUGGUCUGAAGUCCCUCUGAAUUUUGACAUGUUACUCCUUUAUAAGGAAUGUUUUUGUAUUCUUGGUAAUUAUCAGAGUUGAAUAUAGGGAUAAUGUUGUACAAGGUUAGUUUAACUGCAGCUGGGGCUGAGCCCUAGGAAUUUUGCUGUUAGUUUCAGCUUAUCAUUGUGAGCCAUUGUACAUACAAAUGGCAGUUCUGUUUUCUGUAUCACUGAACAUCGCUAUAUUCAGGGCCCUGUGCAUUCACAGAUGGGGAGUUGCAGUGCAGCCCACUCCAGCUGUGGACUCAGGCUGCACAUUGAGCACUCCUUGCAACAAGAACAUGAAACAUGGGUACAGUGGCUAAGUACAAAUGAAUCAUGCAUUGUCUUCCUCUAUUGUGCCAGAAGACGGCUUGAAACAGUCAUUUUGAAGUGUAAAUGGCCCCAUUUUUCUAAACAAGGUAUUGGUAAUAACACUCUGGAUUGCCAGAGCAUCCAUUGGAUUUCACUGCUGAACAUUUUAACAUGCAUCCAGCAAAGUGGUUUAUCCUAUCUUACCCAAUUCCUCCAAGAGCAAAGUACAGCUUUGUUCAGAGGUAGAGAAAUGCCCUUUCGUGUUGCCAAAAGCCUCCAUUUUCCCAUGAGUACCAAAAGCCCUGACUGUAUUCCACCCCCUUGCCAAAUUCACAGCUUCCUCCCAUUCCUUCUGUGAACAAACUGUGUUCUCAGUGUGACAAAUUGGUGCAUUUUGGAGACAAAAAACCUUAGGAACAUAUCCUGGAAAGAUGCAUCAUGUAGUGCAUUCUGCAUACUCCAGACUUUUUUACUAUUUUGUUUAAAGCUUGCAACAGAGUACAUGGGGCCUUGACUAUAAUUGGUUCGGUAGUAUUUAUGAACAAUUAGGUACUACUGGUGUAUGACUAUGUCUUAGUUUUUUUUCUAAUUAUCACUGUAUUCAACUGUUUUCCAUGUAAAUUAGUAUUGGAACACUGACAUAAGGAAUAUAGAAACUUUUGUUGUUAUUGUCUGAAAGGAGGAAUUAAAUAGCCAGAAAGAAUCUUACCUUGUAACACCAAAUCUGCAUUAGAUGGUGUGGGUAACUGAAACAUUUAAACUAUGCAAAUUUAAGCCUAACAGCUGUGACUCAGAGUAGGCACUUCAGAGCUUAUGUCAUUUGGGAAGGGAGAAGGGGAGUGGGGGGAAAUCAAAACACAGAUUCAAGUGAGUUCUUGUUUACUGCAUUGGUCAUGCACUGUGUCGGGAAGUUCUGUUUUUAGUGCAGGGGAAAUCAACUGUGCAUGUCCCUUGUUCCCUUCUGAAACACCACCAAAAGCUGGCUUAGACUUGGAGGCUUGCCUGAAGUGGGAAACGUUAAGUUAUUUAGCAAAUAAAUUGGUUUUACUUAAAUGCUGAUGAGCAGAGACAAUGAGAUGAGGUGUCCUCCCCUGCUCUGUUUUGUUGAUGGAGCUGAUGAGUGGGGACACUGAUUUGUGCUUAGUUUUGUAUGGUUUUGAUGAGCAGCUGGCUCAACAAGAGAUAGCAAAAGUGCAUUUCCUCAGCAUCUGUUGCAUCAUGGAACUAAAGCAUGAAAGUCAAGAUGCUUCAAAGUCAAGCCUCUUCUGGGAAGACUAAAUAGAUGUUUUCAGUGUUACCAUCCUUGUUUUCCAGGCACAGCUUUCUCCUAGGACUAGGCAAAGGGGCAAUCACUUCUUUCUUGCUAGUUUUCUUAUCUAUUCCAAACCUAUCCGUGAAUGAUGUAGGUAGCUCUUCCUUCUUGUGGUGUUUGUGUCAUCAGCUGAUUCAUCAACAGACUCACAAGACCAACUGUCUACAAUGCAUUUGGCUUCUGGCUUGGUUAUUCCAGCUGCAGUGCUCUGUUGGCAGCAACCUGACUUUGGAUUUGUUCUCACUGGACAAACUCUUUGAAUCAUUUGCCCUGUACUGUGCUGUGAUGUUCGAUCUGUGCUGUUACCUGCUUUGUAGGCAUCAAACUGGCUCCGGGAUCGCUCAUGGUGCUGAGCCCUUCAUCGAUAACCUAAGUUCAGAUCACGGCUCGACAGCCGAGGAAAUGUACUGUGCCAAUGCUGUGCUUGCCUGGUGUACGAUCCUCUGUGCGGUGUCUGAAGAAGGCUGCCAUCAUAGGAAUGCUGAUGUCAACUGCUGGAGAGCCCUGCUUUUCACUUACCUUUUCCAUCCUAAAUUCUGACUCUUCUAGUGAAUAAAUAUUUACCUGUAAGUACUGCAGGAGGUUGGUUCCUGAGCACCAGACUUCCUGUGGAGGUGGAACAGGGGUGGGGAGGCUGGAAUGCAGCAUCAGUGGUUUUUGUUUUGAAAAUAAAAGCUACACAAACACUUUUGUAAACAAAUAAUUUUUUAAAUAAACACACAUUUUAAAAGAUGUUGAUUUUUCACUGGGAAUGCUUAACAAUAAAUGCAUGUUUCCCUGAAAACAGUUUUCAUUUUAUUUCUGGCAAUUCAGAUUGUUUUAAGAUUACAGGGUCUACUGCCUCCAUGUCAGUAACAAGAGAGAAAGGAAUGAUUAUUUUCAUGGUGCACAUUAAAAAUUUUUGAAGAAGAAAAUUGUGUAAAUAGAAGUUGUGUAAUGGAAGGGUGUGUUAUUUCAACCAGGACUGCCUCAUGUGAUGGCCUGACCAUCCUGCACCACCUCGUCUCCUUUCAAAGGCUGCAUCUGAAGAAACAAAGCCGGUACCACAGAGGAAAAGUUCUCUCUGGAUUCCCUGCACCACUUAUGUUCAUGUCAUCUUUGUACAUUUUAAACUGUGUACCUCAAACUGCAGUUGGUUCAUGCACAGGGAGGUGACAGCCUGGUGGCUAAUGGCAGUGCUCUGCUGCUCAGCUCUAGGAGAAUCUAGCAGAGGUGAUGACUAUGGAUUUACUACCAGUACGAACUUCACUUUUUUGGCAUUUGUCAACGUUUGUUAAAUGGAGUAAGGCAAUUUGAAGGCAGCGGCUGCACAGCUGGAGCAACAAGCAGCCAGUUUGCUGUGGAGCUGGUUGUAAUACUGUGUUUCAGAUCUGCAUCCCAUCUUCAGGUGUGUGUUUGUCCCUGGGCAAGUUUUGCAGGUUUCUGGGCAGGCUCUGCCAGCUGGUACAGUGCUGCACUGGUUUAUGGUGUAAGAUGUUGUUUGGGAUUUUUGUUUAAUUUUACUGUCAUCAGGAGCUGUGUCGUAUUGUGGUACCUCAUUCUUUAAGAGAGGUGAGGGAGGGGGAGUACUCCCCAGUCCCUCUCCUGCAGGUCUUAGCCUGAUGUUAAUUCAGAAUAAAAAAAAAAAAAACAACAUUUUCCCCAGUUCAUGUAGUUAGACACUGACAUGAGUAACUGAGAGCUGCUUUAUACUGAAAUACUUGUGAAGUUGUCCAACAGCCUUGUCAUUUCUUCCAGCGCCCCAAAACUGGAAGCGAGUUCACAGCUGAAAUGGACUGAUGGUGCUUGCUAGCUUGACUUGUCCUGUACUUAGUUUUCUGUUUCAGUGGCUGUAAUACUGACACAUUUGGCUCUCAGACGGGUAACUGAUACCUCCAAUACAGCAAAUCCAGGAUUUUAAAUUGUUUUUAAGGUCAAGUCUGGAUCUGGAGCACCCGUGUCUGAUAUAUUGUCAAAUAAAUUACAUUGCUUCACUUA